AAAAUCGGCAGCAAGAAGAAAAUGAACAGUCAAAGAAUUUUCAUUGUGUGCACUUUCCUAGAUCCUACACUUGUACUUGUCGUUGUAGUGGCUGUGAGCCGUACUACUGUUACUUGCCGUUCUGUUGCUGUUACUUUUGACGACGCUCGGAUUCAUUAGAAGGUUUCAGACUGUGAACAUCUUGUAGUUCAUAGUUCCUCGAUAUGAGAUGCAUUGUGUAGAGUGAUCGAAAACUGAGUGUGUGGGUAUGACAACAGCCGAGACCAAGUCGCUUUAUUUGUGCCGAGCUACUCGAGCCAACGUCGUGCUAGUCCUGUUAGUGCAACUUGUCAUCAUCUGCAGCUUGCCUUUCAUCCUACCAUCUCGGAAAGCAAAAGAUGUGUUCAGGUACCCAACCCGUCCGCUGAUUCAAAAUGCCCGUGAAUCUCACCAUUGUAGCUACAGUCCAUGCAAGCAGUGUUCUGAUCUAGAAAUGAAAAUCCAUGAGGAUCACUGCGAUGGUACGGGCUACUUCCAGCGUGUUUCAUGCGAGGAGAAUGCGAGUUUAGCAACCUCACCGAUGGCUCCAGGUGCUUCCCCAACUCUCAACCACACCUAUGUCAGCUGUUUACCGCCAUGGCAAGGUCCUCCAGCAGGAUAUCUAGCAUUCCUGUUUUCCUGGCUAGCCAGUGGUGUCAUCUCUCUGCUGGUGGUCAGAAUUCGACUUCGGCAACUUGCCCGCGCAGCGCAACUUCGCCUUGGCGAGCGGUUAAAGGAUGUUGUGUCCUGUCGGUGACCCGUGCAAGCUGUGACUAGUGCAUUGCCAUUGAGAUGAGUAAGACGUGUGUGUGUGUAUGUGUGUGUGUGUGUGUGUGUGUGUGCGUGAACUUCAGCCAUAUUUCCUUUGCCACAAAUUCGGUGUACUGAGUGUUCUCCGACAUAACCUUAUUUUUUAACCACUGCGAGAAGCUUGAGUACAACUUAAGAGAUCCAUGUGUUACAGCAGCAAUACCCUGCGCUUGAUUACAUAGAAAUUUUUGGUUUUGUGUCUCGUAUGGUGCGCUGCUUUGUGUAACGGGUGGAAAGCAGUAACUGGAAUAUGCUGGCGUAUUCCACCAACCUUGUACAUUAUACUUCCUUUUUUUUAAAGUUGCUUUCAAGUACACCAUGACCGAUUGCUUUGUUCGAAUAUAUCUUCAUGCACACGAGUUUGGUGAAGAAGAGGUUGGUGCGACUUCGUUUUCUUGUCAUCAUAAUAAACAGAACGUUGCACAGCUCCUUUCA